AUGGCGAAAUCUCGGCCCCAUGGUGUAGCCAAACCGAAAGCCCCCAGACUCACAGGCUGUAUUGAUGUGCAACUCUGUGUUGACUCGGGGUGGGCUGGCAUGAACGACUUCGAUUUAAUAACUCGCUUGUUAGGGUUCUUUAAUUGGGUUUCGACUCCCGACUUGGCGCGACCUUUCUUCACACUUGAGCAUCCAACACACUGCUAUUAUGCAGGUGCUGAAUGGCCGACGCUAGGGACGGUGUGCUGGCAGGCCCCCGAUGAAUUCGGCCGUUACUGA